AUGCAAAAAACACCAGGCGUGGAAGAUGCUGUCGCGAAUGAAUUGAAGAAUUUUAAUUUUGCCUUGACUACCAUUGAUGUUUCAUUCCGAGCAACAACGGGGAACAGAGGCAUGAUAAACACAUUUUUGGUCGACGCAGGUAAGGUGAACCCUUCGUUGAAACCAGAAAACGUGUCAGCUGCUGUGACUAAUUUGACCAAGAGGGCAAAUGCAGCAAUGCUUGACUGUGAGCGUGAGAUGGCGGCAGUAGUUGGGCUGCGGGAAUUUGCAAUGACUGCAUUGGAGAAGAUCCAAAAAAAGUUCGAAGAGAUCGCUGAGCCGGCACGUAAGGCGAAGGCGAAGGCGGAAGCGGAAAGGGUUGCCAGCGAAGAACAAUUGAAGGCUGCCCAGAAGGAACAGGAACAACGCGCCGAAGCGGAAAGGAGAAGGCUUGAGGAGGUGGAAAGGAAAAAGCGUGAGGAGGCCGCCAAGGAAGAACAAAUGAGGGCUGCCAAGGAGAAAGAGGAACAACAACGUCAGGCUAAGGAAAGAAAACUGCGAGAAGCGGAGGAAAGCAAGAUGGUGCGGGAGGAGGCCAGGAAGAGGGCAGACGCAGUCGCUGCGCAGGGAAAGGACGCCAAGUCGGUGGCGGACACCGUAAUAACAGACAAGCAGACCGCUGAACUGAGUGACUUGAACACCAAGAAGGCUGUGAUGCCCGACGGCAGCGGCCGUCAUGUGUGGGUGCGUGCGCCGCUGCUGCUCCUGCUGCUGUCUGCACUGGCCUGCGUUGCGGUGUGCUGA